UUCGGGUCGCAGCUCAGUGUCGGCUCCAGGCGGAGGGCGCGGGCGCCGGCCGUUGCUAUGGCAACGCGCAAGGCAAACGGGCCUGGGCCAGCGGGUCCCUCGGGUCUCCCUGGGCCCAGCCGUUGGGAGCCCACUUUCUCCUGUCUUGUAUAUGGGGUGGGCCCUGGCGGACCGGUUCGUCUAACAUCUCACGUCCACUCCGUGCUUGUGAACUUUUUUGAAAGUCUGAAAGCGAACUUGUUAUAGGAUGAACCUAGUUUGGUAGAAUUCUGAGCAUCCAGGGUAAAAUAGCACCUCCUUAUUCCUAUUUUUGCAAGCUCUCUCUCCUGUGUGAAUACAAGUCUAGAGCAUUAUAAACCUAAGGACCUCACCAAUUCGAAGUUGCAAUUCUCAUCACCAACCUACCAUAUCUUUUGUGAUCUGGUUCUUUUUCUUGAAAAGUGAAAUCAUAUUUCAAGUUAUUUUUGUGGCAGAGUUAAGCAAAUGGCUGAUAGUAAUUUGAAUAAAAACCCCACAAGUUACUCCAGCUGUUCUACAUCUCAGAGAGAUGGACUUUCUUGUGAAGCAAGUAUUUCUCCAGUUUUGGUGGUAGAAAUGUCACAGACAUCAAGCAUUGAUAGUGCAGAACUUACAUUUCCAGUAGAUAGACAAAAUGAAAAAAAUGCCAGCAAAGACACUCCUGUGAAAGAUUUGCCAUUGGGAGCCUCAGUGGUAGAGAGAAAAACAUCUCAGCAGCAGUGGGGGCGAGGCAACAUUCCGGAAGGAAAAGUCCCUCACACACGGAUGCGGGAUCGGGCGGCUAUUGAGGAAAUCUAUACUUUUGGAAGAAUACUGGGACAAGGGAGUUUUGGAAUGGUCUUUGAAGCUACAGACAAGGAAACAGACACUAAGUGGGCCAUUAAAACAGUAAAUAAAGAAAAGGCUGGAAGCUCUGCUGUGAAGUUACUUGAACGGGAGGUGAACAUCCUAAAAAGUGUAAAACAUAAGCACAUCAUACAUUUGGAACAAGUAUUUGAGACGCCUAAGAAAAUGUACCUUGUGAUGGAGCUUUGUGAGGAUGGAGAACUCAAAGAAAUUUUGGAUAGGAAAAGGCAUUUCUCAGAGAAUGAGACAAAGUGGAUCAUUCAAAGUCUUGCAUCAGCUAUUGCAUAUCUUCACAGUAAGGAUAUAGUACACAGAGAUCUAAAACUGGAAAACAUAAUGGUUAAAAGCAGCUUUAUUGAUGCUAACAAUGAAAUGAACUUAAAUAUAAAGGUGACUGAUUUUGGCUUAGCAGUACAGAAACACGGUGGGAGUGAAGCCAUGCUGCAGGCCACAUGUGGGACUCCUAUCUAUAUGGCACCUGAAGUUAUCAAUGCCCAUGACUAUAGCAGGCAAUGUGACAUUUGGAGCAUAGGUGUCAUAAUGUACAUUUUAUUAUGUGGAGAACCACCCUUUUUGGCAAACUCAGAAGAGAAGCUUUUUGAGUUAAUAAGAAAAGGAGAAUUACGUUUUGAAGAUUCAAUCUGGGAUUCUGUAAGUGAUGGUGCUAAAAGUGUUUUGAAACAACUUCUGAAAGUAGAUCCAGCUCACAGAAUCACAGCUAAGGAGCUACUAGAUAACCAGUGGUUAACGGGCAAUACACUUUCUUCAGUGAGACCAACAAAUGUACUAGAAAUGAUGAAAGAAUGGAAAAAUAACCCAGAAAGCGAUGAUGAAAACAAGAAAGAGGAGAAUAACCAGUCCCAUCAAGAAAAGUUGGAAGAUUUCCAACAAUGCAGAAAUGUCCCUGCUGUCAAUAAUACUUCAGAUGGAAAGGAGGAAAAACCUACAAAACAAGACACUACUUAUGAAAAGAAAUCACCUUCGACCAGUAAGAAAACAGAUACAAAUGAUUCUGACUUGUCCUCUUUAAGUUCCACAUCUGGCAAACUCCUUCCACAAGAAGUCAAGGAAGAAGCAGAGAAAACUUCGGUGACUCCAAGCCAAGGAGUAGGAACCAAAUUCACUACUAAAUCCGUUGCCUCCUUUCGAGCCAGAAAAAAAACCUAAUGUUCCCACCAGUGCUGAACAAACAGCACCAAAACAAACUGCUCUUCCCAGUGCUAACAGGAAGGGUGAGGAAGGGAAAGGAUGGCGCUACCCUGAGCUUUCGGCCUCUUGGUCCGUUGAGUCCCGACUUGUGUCUGCGUCAAUUUAAAAUUGAAGCUAGUUAUCUCCAAAGCAGCAUAAACUGCACGGAGUGUUAAAGCACAGCCACCAACAGGCCUGAUGGCCGUGCAGCUAAAAUCAACUCAAGAUGUAUCCAAGGAUUGUUUCAGGAGGCCGAUGCCCUCAGUGCAAGGCUGUGGCAAUACUGUUUUAUUUCAAGGUCUUAUGUUUAGGCAUGGUUAUUUAUAGGGGAAAACAAGAGGCCAAGUCUGGUAAUAGAGGUUCCAAAUAAUGAUUUGCACUUUGCACUAGAAGACAUUGUUAGAAAAUUACCAGUAACUUUGCCGUAGGCAUUGUAGCAGGAGUGCUUCAGUCCUUCUCAUGUGUUCUUGUAAUUUUACGUUACUACAAUUGUUUGAAACAACUCACUUUAAGCAUAAGAAAAUUUUGUAACUGCUUGCCAUUAACUUGCUGCUAAAUUCCCAAUGUAUUGAUUCAAUCAAUAAAAAUCAGAUGUUACCUA